ACGCUGCCUCGCAUUGUCGUGCAAACAUCCCCAGGACGACAUCCCUCCGCCAGGCGAGUUCCAGCCACCGGAAGUGUGCGUACCCGCGUCGGCGUCAGCGUCACGUCCGCGUCAGCCACGUCCAGCGGAGACGGGAACAAGAUGGCGGUCCCGGGCAGGCAGUAUGGGCUUAUUUUGCCAAAGAAAACACAGCCGUUGCACCGAGUUUUGCAAAAACCAUCAGUAUUUGGGAAUGAUUCUGAUGAUGAUGAUGAGACCUCCGUGAGUGAAAGCCUUCAGAGGGAAGCUGCUAAGAAACAGGCCAUGAAACAGACCAAACUGGAGAUUCAGAAAGCCCUUGCAGAAGAUUCCACUGUGUAUGAGUAUGACAGCAUCUAUGAUGAAAUGCAGAAAAAGAAGGAAGAAAGUAAUCCCAAGCUGCUGCUGGGAAAAGACCGGAAGCCCAAAUAUAUCCACAACUUACUAAAAGCAGUGGAGAUCAGAAAAAAGGAACAGGAAAAAAGAAUGGAAAAGAAAAUACAGAGAGAACGAGAGAUGGAAAAGGGAGAAUUUGAUGACAAAGAGGCAUUUGUAACAUCUGCUUAUAAAAAAAAACUAGAAGAAAGAGCUGAAGAGGAGGAAAGAGAAAAGAAGGCGGCUGCCCUGGAAGCACGACUGGAUGUGACCAAGCAGAAAGAUCUUAGUGGAUUUUAUAGGCACCUGUUAAAUCAAGCCGUUGGUGAAGAAGCAGUUCCUAAGUCCAGCUUCCGUGAAGCCAGGACUGGGCACAAAGAAGAGAAGCCUAGGGGUUACUCUGAUGAAGCAAAUUCAGAGGACAGACUGCAGCAGAACUGCCUUCUCCAAGCUGGUGGAGAGGGGAAAAACCCCGAUGCUGACAGUGAUUUUGACACUAAGAGCAGUGAGGAUGAUGAAAGGGAAGAAAAUAAAGUCAGCCACAGAAGGGAAGAAGAGACUAAGAAGUACCCCAGGCAUCACAAGAAUCGGACCCACUCUCGAUCCUCUAGUGAAGAAAGAGGACAUGGUGCUAAGCACCAUUCCAGAAGUCCCAAGUCAAGAGGACACGACCAAAAGGGAGGUCAGCACCAGAACAGGCAGGCCAGAGAGCAGGAGAGCUGUCAGAUGGACCACAGCCACCGGAAAGAAAAGAGUUCUCACAGGCACAGAGAAAUCGAUCACAAAGAUCACUACCGGAAGAGGCAUGAGCAAGAAGAUAAUGUGAGGGGGCGAGAGCAGAGAGAAAGGCAGGACAGAGAAUGGAAAAGGGAGAAAUACUCCUCCAGAGAACAAGACAAAAGCAGACAGUGGAAUGACCACGACCACGACCAAUACAAUGAGAAAGAAAAGAAAAGCAAAGAGAAAGAAGAACAUAUGAAAGGAAGAAAGGAAAGAUAUGAAAACAACGGGAGAUACAGAGAGAUGGAAAAACAAGAAAGAAAUCGAGACAGAAGGGAAAGCAGCCCAAGAUCUAGACCAAAGGAUGAGUUUCUUGACCAGGAAAGAUCCAACAAAGUAAGAAACAUGGAAAAGGACAAUGGGGACCAAGAGAAGCCCUCUCGUUCUGAAACAUCACUAGCAACAAAACAUAGACUGGCAGAGGAAAGGCAGGAGAAGGGCAAUGAGCAAUCGAAGCCCCCCGAGGCCUUGAGCAAGUUUGCAAAGCGGAGCAAUGAGGAAACUGUGAUGUCAGCGAGAGACAGGUACCUGGCCAGGCAGAUGGCGCGGAUUAAUGCAAAGACUUACAUUGAGAAAGAGGAGGACUAAUGACUGCCAGGAUCUCGAGUUCCUUGGAAGCAUAGAACACUGUGAACCCUGGAACUUGCUUUAAGAAAGCAACUGGGUUUGUGAACAGUGACUGGAGGGUGUUUCUUAAAGUGUAUUUUCAAAAUUUGUGAACUCAAAAGUCAGUGCUUGUCGGGACUUGUGAGAUAGUUAAUCUGUAUUAAUUUGUUGGUUGUACUCAAGAAUCAUACAGUGUUAAAUCUUCCUGUAGAUUCUUUGUGAAGAAAAUUGGCUUCAUUAUAACCAUUAAAAAUAACUAAUAAUGUUGCUUUUGAGA